AGUCUUUCUCCGUCUGGGACAUCGUGUGCUUGUCUCCAGCAAUUGAGCAAACAAGGAAGGUGAGCUGCGACGCCGGGCAUUAUAAUUCAAGUUACUGAUACAUCACACAUUUCAUCUCUACAUCUGUUUCUUCUACUUGCGUUUGCUUGCUUUUUCACUUCUUUUUCGGCUUGUCGGGCCGUAUGGGCGGAGAGGCUGAAGACGAUUUGCUGCGACUCUUCACCUGGGGCGUCUUUGCGAGUAACGUGUUGCGUCGCAAAACCAAAAACGCUCUUCUUUUUCCCACUUUAUUUGGCAGAGAGGAAUAGUCGUGUUUGGGAGUACCUUCUGCGUCACGCAAAUCUGUUUCUUUUCUCGUUGUCUGUUCGUGGUUCGGGCAGGGAAUUUGGACAGCGCUGUUUUGUUUGCCACUGUUGACACCUGUGUGUGUUACGCAAACUGUUUCUCCUCCCGUUUCCCAGCGGCUCUCUCACGAAAACGUGGGGUCUCUUGAACGCGCGCUUCGUAGUGUGCACAGCGUUUUUCGUGGAAACUCAAUAGGACAACUCCGCACAGCUCUCCGUUUUUCUUCCGCUUGUUGCCUCUUUCAGUAGACUGGGCUGAUUGAUUGUCAUCGGUCACAACUGGCUUAUUUUUUGCUUGUUUGUUUGUCUCCCUCCCUCCUCGGUUCUGAGCAUCUCGAGUAUUAUUAUUAUUUUAUUAAUGACUUCUGUUGAUCCGGAGCGGCUCGCAGCGUCCAUCCGGGCCCUUGCGAGCAGUCAUGAUGAACGCAUCGCCUUUGUGACGGAGGGAGUGAAACAGACAAAAGAGCUGCAGGGCAACAACGUGCAGGAGUACGAGACUGUGGUGUCUUCGCUGCUCGUGUGCUUGGAAAGCUUCGACGUGGUCCAUGGAACUUCACUCGAUGUUCUGUGUGAGCUGACGGUGCUCGAUAUCCUCCUCAGCCUAGACCUGUCGGCCAUUCAGCUUUCGCAGUGCAACAGCUACCUGCGCCUCUGUCUCAUCGCGGUGAGCGACAUCCGUGUCGCCGUCGCCGCCACAAAGACCUUUGCGGAAACGCUGAGCUACAGCAUGACAACCGACUUUGUUCGCGCACAAAUCGGAGAGGCGCUGGAAUGGGUUGGCCUCUUCGACAGCAAAGAUCAGCCGCGGCGCAUCUGCGGCAUUUUAGUGCUGACGGAGGUGACGCUGCGAAUUCCUAUGAUCGUUCUCCCUCGCCUGUCAGAGGUGUUCGACAAGAUGUGGAGCUGCCUGACGGUGCGCGACGAGGAGGUGCGCUCGCGCGCGCUUGGGCUCUUCACGCUCUGCUCGAAACUGCUGGUGAAUCGACCGGCCUCGGUGCGCGCAGAGACGUGCGACGCGAUUAUGCUCCGCCUGAAAAGCUAUCUCUCGUCCAAGUCGAAGGAGAAGCGAAUUGCUGGGCUGCUGGCUUUCGAGCCGUUUGUGAUCCACUCCAUUGGCGUGAGCACCCUCCGCUACGAAGACCUAUCCAUUCUUCUCGUGCCGUACAUCGUGGGUGGAGGUGCGAAUGUCAACGCAGACACGCGGGAGCUGCUCUUUCGUUGCCUCGUCGUUUUGUGCCGCUUCAACACGCCGCUGUUUGUCACAAAUCAGCUCAAGGACUCCGUUCGCUUUGCCAUUGACUCCAUCAAUCGAAAUAUUCAGCGCAACGCUGCCUUUGAGAUGCUGUCGGAGAUCACUCCCAUUGUGGGCAAGUCGGAGUUUGACCCAUUCGUGGUGGACACGUGCAACGCCAUCAUACACGUCUUCGAACAAUCCACCGCGCCGUGUUGGAAGGCGCUGCAGUGCUUCUCCAUCGUCUGUAGGGAGUGCAAACCGGCUAACAUGGAGAGGUACGUGGACACCUGCAUCGAGAACGUGUUUAUAUGGGGCCUCUCCGCGGAGCUGAUUGAGUGCAUGCGGGCCAUCAUCGCCGCCUCCAGCUUGCAGUACCGCGCCAAGUUGGAGGAGUCGUUGCUCGACAUGAUUUCCGUCACGCUCUGCGGCCUGCCCUUUCGACAGCAGAUGGACGCGCCGCGUGCCAGAGAGGACGUGACGGAUGCUGGUCCGUCCGAGUACCAGACCUCCGUCGCCCUCAACGCCCUCGUGCAAUUCGGCUUCUCUAAUUCGGAACUGAUGGGUGAUUUUUUGCGCGUUUCGGUGCUUCCUUUUGUCGACAACGCGAGCGCCGCCGUGCGCAACGCCGCCAUCUACACCAUUGUAAAGCUGCUCAUCCCUUCUGGCGACAAGGGCGACCUCAGCAUCGCACGCCGCAUGUGCGUCAACACCGUCAUCACGCGCAUGUUGGUCGUCGGCCUCUCAGACCCGAACCCCGUCGUGCGUCAGACGAUUCUUAGCGCUUUCACUGAGGACUUCUAUCCCUACCUCAGCGAACAGCAGUACCUUUUUCGAUUUUACUCUGCCCUCGGAGACGAGGCCAUUAACUGCCGCGUGGCAGCCACCGAGCAGCUCUGUCAGAUGAUCCGCUACGACCCCUCUCAUAUACUGCCCGCCCUACGUGAAGAAAUGGUGGUCAUUUUGCACUUUAUCGCGUCAACGUUCAACAUGGACACCGUGCAGAACGGCUUUCGUCUGCUGGCCGCCAUCGCAACGCGUGCGCCGCAGCUCGUGGUGAACUUCACGGAGGGCAUCUGCGAGGCGUUACUCCCGUACUUCACCACCCUCUCCGUUCGCUCCAACACGUUGCUGUCCUUCCUGCAUUGCUGCACCGCCGUCGCGGCUGCGCUGCGCAAGUUUAGCGACCACCCGCUGUCCUUCAAGCGCGAAAUCGGCCUGGUGUGCGAGAUGGUGGACAACCUUCCAGCGGAUCGGCCCUAUCACGGUAUUCGGUUGUCGUGCCUGCGCUUCCUGUCGGCCACCCUCACGCCGCUCAUCGAGGGUUCCUCGCCGUACGCGCUCUACCCGCAACUCUUCGAGCAGCUCUGCACCAUCCUGCGCAACACCGAUGAGAGCACUGAAAUCCGCAUGGAGGCGCUGCGUUGCAUCGGCGUUAUCGGCGCGCUCGACUCGCACGUCUUCCACUCCUUUCACCUCGACGACGACGAGAAGAUGACGGGGACGUGCACGGAGAUCGUGGACAGAGUCUCCCACGUGAAGUGCUGCCACAUUGUGCUGAAGGCCAUCGUUGCGCUGCUCGACCCGGAGAACAAGCGCUCCACCGGCUCGCGGGAAGGUCUGCUGCGCACCGGCAUGCAGACACUGCUCAACAUCUGCGAGCGUGUGCCAUGUUCGAAAAGGGAGAUUGGCUUGGUCGUCAGUCCGCUGGCCCGAGUGAUGCGUCAGCUGCCUGGUGGACGCCUUUUUGCGACGGUCCUCUACGAAUUCUGCAACAUCAUUCACUUCGCCGGCGCGUGUGUACUGAAUGACAUCAACGAGAUCUACCGUCUCUUUGAUAGCGUGUGGGAGUUCCAGGUGAGCUACCGCUUUUUGGCUGUCCGCAUGCUAUCGUUCGUCGCCAACUUCGAGGCUUCGGGCAACCUGCACUACGGACAGCAGCACUCGCGCAUCCUGCCGCAGCUCUUCGACACCCUCAACCGCGCCGACCUCCGAGUGGAUUUGAAGUACGCCGUACUCGAGUACAUCGUGCGGCACGUCGAGUCGCUGCAACCGUGCUCCGAGGCAGCGGUGGACAACCUGCUCGGCGCCAUUCAAAACCCGUCGAACCCGCUCGACUACGUGACCCAUUGUGUGGUGGCUCUGAAGGAGAUCUGUCUGAAGCUAUACGUGGACGAACUCGUGGGUGCCAUCGUGCGGUGCUUGCUGGCCUGCCUAUCGAACGAUUUAUCGCGCAAGACGCGGGGGCGGGACAACGCGGCGCUGUUCAACAACAUUAUGGGCGUCUUCUGUGUCCUCAUUGAGGAGAUGCAGGGCAACUUUAUGAAGCACUCCACCUACAUUAUCCAGGCGCUGAAGAACUACCGCAUCACCAACACGGAGUUUGGCAUUAUGAACAACCGUGUGGCGUCCGGCCUGCGUUGUGCGCGCAGCGCGGCGUUGAUUCAGCAGCAGAGCGCCGAGGUGGCGGCGCUGCUGAAGAGCUGCGAGUCGGUGGUCAUGAAGAGCAUGUCGCGCGUGGGCGAGGUAUGGAGCUACGCGAGCCUCAGCGAGGAAAACGCCGACGAGGUGGUCGUCGAGGAACGGGCGAUGCCGAUCAACGAGCAGCGUCUCAUCGGCCCCAUGAAGGUGAUGCCGCUCACCAAGGAGGAGUGGAUCAAAUGGUCGGACCAGUUCGCCAUCACCGUUCUGCAGGAGUCGCCGUUUCAAGUCUUCCGCUGCACCUCCGUCCCCAUCGGCAUCAACGCGGUGCCCCUUGUAGAGAAAUCGAGCCAGUUUGUCCAGGACACCCUUCUCAUCGCAUUCCGCUCCAUGUGGAACUACGCAAGCUCUGCAUUGCAGACGGCCAUCAUUGACUUCUUUCGACAGACGCUCCGGCAGGCGAUGGUGUCGGCCACGGUGCCAGCGGAAUUCUUGACGACGCUGCUCGGCAUCGUGGAGUACAUGGACCACGUCGGCGAGGCACUCUUCAUGUCGUACAACGACCUCUCCGAGUGUGCAUGGAAUCGCGGGAUGCUGGCCAAGGCGCUCUUCUGGCGAGAGACGGCAUACCGCGACGACCCGGUCGGCACGGUGGAGUCGCUCAUCUCCCUCUACAGCGAGCUGCACAUGGUCGACUCCUCCGUCGGCAUUUUGAACAUGGCCAGCGAGGAGCAGCGUCGGGGGCUGCUGCAAACCAGCCUUGUAAAGCUGGCGCGCUACACGGAAGCUCUGCAGCUGACGCAGCAGGAGCUGGAGCGGGACAACGCGACGUCGGAAGUGAGUAGCUCGGAGAGCUUCUCAAAGAAUUACGACUUCAAAAACAACCACCGCGCGUGGUCGCGCAUGCUGCACUACGCCACCGGCAGCGAUCUCAGCGCGUCGUUGUCCAAGACGGAGGAGAACGUCUGGGACCGCCGCGCCGAAGCGAAUGCGCGGCUGAUGCUCUGCUUGAGCGAAUUGGGCGAGUACGACAAGGUGCUCGAGCAGUGGGGCACCAUCCUGAAGAACCACGAGCAUCGUGAGGCAGACGCGGACGAAUCGCAUGUGCUGUACUUCGUCUCGCAGUACGCCGCCGACGCCUCUAUUCGGCUGCAGUCGUGGGACACUCUUGUGCACGUCAUGGAGUGGCUGCCGCCCAACAUGGUGCUGUACCACGUCUCCAAGGCGUCACUGGAGAUCGUCCGCGGUGAGUACGACGCCGCCGUGGUGAGUGUGACGGAGGGGCGCAAGAUGCUGCUGGAGGAUUUGACGAGCCUGCUGCACGAGUCGUACACACGCGCCUACGAGGGUUUGGUGGUGGCGCAGCAGCUGACGGAGGUGGAGGAGGUCAUCGUCGCCAAGCAGACGGAGAAGGCGCUCUCGUCGACCGCGCACAUCCCCCACCUGUGCCAUCUGUGGGAGCAACGUAUUCGCAUGAUGAACGCCACCGUGCCGACGUGGAAGCAGAUGCUGGGUAUCCGCGGUCUUCUGAUUGCCCCACAGGACGACGUCAAGACGCGCAUCCAAUUCACGAAGCUCUGUCGGCAGGAGAACGCGCGCCAGCUGGAGCGGUUCACGCUGGAUGAGCUGCUGGGCUACUCGAACCCGACGUUGGAGCAGCUUCUGAGCCGCAACGCAAACCCACGCGUGGUGGCGCAGUACAUCUCGUACCUGUCCGACACGACCGCUUUUGGCCCCGACAGCCCUUACGGCACCGAGAGCGACGUCAUCCGAAAGAUGAUCGACGUGCACACCAAGGCAGAGAACUCGGGGGUGCUCGCCCGCGCCUACACCCGACUCGGCUCCAAGGUGGAACUGGCGGAGAGCGUUCUGUGCUUCAAGGCCGCGACGCUCUACGAUCCGCAGUGGUUUCUGGCGUGGCGGAAGUGGGGUGAGGUCAACGCGGAGCUGCUGCAAGGUGGGGCGGUGGAAGAUGUGUGUCGCAACGCUGUCGAGGGCUUCAUCCGAAGCAUCCAGCUCGGCACCUCCGACUCGACGCUGAUCCAGGAUGUGCUGAAGCUGCUGACGCUCUGGUCCAACCACUGCGACAACGAGCGCGACCUCAAGAUACUGCGUGAGCACGUCCUUCACGUACCGUCGCGGGUGUGGCACCUGGUCGUACCGCAACUCAUCGCCCGUCUCGACACCGGCUCCAACGACAGCUGCCACCUCGUCUCCGAAGUUCUGACCAACGUGGGCUACGACUACCCGCACACGCUGGUGUACCCGCUCAACCUGUGCACCAUGUCCGACUCGGAGCGGCGGAAAAGGUACUCGACAGAGGUGCUGAGCAAGCUGCAGGAACGCUACCCCGUGACGGUGCUGCAAGGGCGGUUGAUGAUCGACGAGCUGGUGCGCAUCUCCGCCCUUAUCUACGAGCAAUGGUACGACAAGCUCGAAGCCGCCGCAACCGCCUUCUUUGGUCGGCGGAGCCGUGAGGAUAUGGUGCGGACACUACUGCCCAUCCACGAGACGCUGACGCGAGUUCCUGAGACGGUGGUAGAGUCGGAGUUUCUGUCUAAGUUCAGCAAGCGACUGACCGAGGCUCGCGAGUGGUUGCGCUCCUACUCGGCCUCGCGCAACAUCGGCGACAUCCAGUCCGCGUGGAAGCUGUACCAUAGCGUCUACUGCGACAUCGAUGACCAAAUUAAAUCCAGUGACACGUUGCAGAUGCAGUUCUGCAGUCCGAAGCUGUUUGAGGCACGCAACCUUUCCAUUGGCAUCCCCGACGCUCGGCCGACGAACCAGGAGUCCGUCGCGAAGGUCGGGCGCUUUCAGAAAGACCUGAUUGUCAUUGCUAGCAAGCAGCGGCCUAAGCGCAUCGGCAUUGUGACGGCGGAAGGCAGGUCGCAGAAGUUCUUGCUGAAGGGGCGCGAGGACUUGCGCCUCGACGAGCGUGUGAUGCAGCUCUUUUCGCUGGUGAACAUUCUCAUGCAAUCGGACUCGCGUACGAGCAAGGCCUUGGGGUUUCAGAUCCAGCGCUACUCCGUGACGCCGCUGAAGGAAAACGUUGGCAUCAUUGGCUGGGUCGACCGCUGCGACACCCUGCACGAGGUGGUGAAGCGCUACCGCGAGCGCAAGACUAUCCCUGUAGAGCUUGAAAUGCGGAUGCUGGAGCAGAUCAUUUCCUUCGACAACUCCAAGGCUUACGACUACCUGACGAUCAUGUCGAAGGUCGAGGUGAUGGAGUUCCUCGCCGACCACACGUCUGGGCAGGACAUCCGCAAAGCUAUGUGGAACAACUCCCUCAAUUGUGAGGUGUGGCUGGAGCGGCGCCACAUGUACACCACCUCCCUGGCCAAUAUGAGUAUCGUCGGCUACAUUCUCGGCCUCGGUGAUCGUCACCCGAACAACAUCAUGCUGCAGCGGACCUCCGGUCUGGUCGUCCACAUCGACUUUGGUGACUGCUUCGAGGUGGCCAUGACGCGCGAUAAGUUCCCGGAGAAAGUGCCAUUUCGCCUUACGCGGAUGCUGCGCAGUGCGCUGGAUGUGUCGGGCGUCGAUGGUGCGUACCGCGCGUGUGCCGAGACGGCGAUGUGCGUGUUGCGCGAGGGCAGCCACAGCGUACUCGCGUUGCUCGAGGCUUUCAUUCAAGACCCGCUGAUCUCGUGGCGCCUCAUUAAUCGUCCCGGACAGGAGCCGGAGUCGUCGAACGAUCACAAGACCAUCGAGGAACAGGUGAACAUCGCGAACAUGCGUAACGCUACAUCGACGGUGAACGUCGAUUCCAUCAGCGUCUCCAUCGAUCGGCGCAACACCGGCUCCUUCAGCGUUGCGAAGCAUAUCUUUGGUGAAGAGGUGGAUGUAGUUCACCAAGGUGUGUUCAUCUUCAACCGGCUGCGCUCCAAGCUGAAGGGUCAGGAUUUUAUCAGCGCUGAAACGGAACUGUUAGACCCACGAACACAGGUGGGCCAGCUCAUUGAAGAGGCCACAGAUGUAACGAACGUGGCGCAGUCGUGGUCUGGUUGGUACCCCUUCUGGUGA